AUGCCUGGCAUCGAUCCCCAGAUCAUCUGCCAUCGCCUACACGUCAACCCAGCCAUCAAGCCUGUAGCGCAGAAGAGACGCAACUUCGCCCCCGAGCGAGUCGCCAUCAUUGAAGCCGAGAUCGACAAGCUUCUAGUUGCCGGUUUCAUUGAAGAAGUCUCAUACGCAGAAUGGCUGGCGAACGUUGUUCUAGUAGCAAAGAAAGAUAAAGGCCUGUGGAGAGUGUGCGUCGACUAUACUGACCUCAACAAGGCAUGUCCUAAAGAUAACUUUCCACUGCCGAGAAUUGACCAGCUCGUCGAUUCAACUUCCGGCAAUCAACUGCUAAGCUUCAUGGACGCCUACUCCGGUUACAACCAGAUCAUGAUGCAUGAAGACGACAAGGCAAAGACCUCUUUCAUCAUCGAAAGAGGUACCUACUGCUACAAGGUCAUGCCCUUUGGGCUGAAGAACGCCGGGGCAACCUACCAAAGGCUGGUGAAUAAAAUUUUCAAGGAGCAAAUCGGCAAGACUAUGGAGGUCUACGUAGACGACAUGCUAGUCAAAGCUCCCGAGCGAGCAGACCACAUCGAGAAUCUUGCCGAGGCAUUCAGCAUACUCCGAAAAUACAACAUGAAGUUGAACCCGAGCAAAUGCACAUUUGGAGUCUCGUCCGGCCGAUUCCUUGGAUACUUAGUCACCCAAAGAGGAAUUGAGGCACAUCCAAAUCAAAUCAAGGCUAUACUCAACAUGAAGUCACCUGCCACAACAAAGGAGAUACAAAGUCUAACGGGUAGGGCGGCAGCUCUCAACCGAUUCCUCUCUAGAUCUACCGACAAAUGCAAACCAUUUUUCAAAGCCUUGAAGAAGGGACACAAAGAUAAGUGGGAUGACGAGUGUGAAGUAGCUUUUCAAAACUUGAAAACUUACCUCACUUCACCUCCAUUGCUCUCAAAGCCGAUGCCAGGCGAAGACUUGUACAUCUACCUAGCGGUGUCCGACUCAGCUGUCAGCUCAGCUCUCAUCCGAGAAGAGCUGGGGGCACAACAUCCGGUAUUCUACACUUCAAAAGCUCUCCUCGAUGCAGAGACUCGCUAUCCGAAAAUGGAGAAGCUCAUUUUUUCGCUUGUGGUUUCUGCGAGAAAGUUAAGGCCAUACUAUCAAGCACACCGGAUAAUUGUCAUAACAGAAUUUCCUUUGAGAUCGAUCCUUCACAGCCCCGACGCUUCUCAGCGACUCAUGAAAUGGGCUAUCGAACUCAGUCAAUACGACCUCCUCUACCGGCCGAAGACUGCUAUAAAAGCCCAAGCUUUAGCAGAUUUUGUUGUAGAGUUUACUCCGACAGCCGAAGAAGAGAAGAUGGUUACGAAAAGCAAGGAAAAAGCGGACGACACCUCCCCCACCGAUUCGAACCUACCUAACGACAUGUGGCAGUUGCAUGUAGACGGAGCAUCAAAUCACAAGGGAGCGGGAGCGGGAGUCGUCAUAAUCACCCCAGACGGAACCUUGUUGGAACAAGCUAUCACACUAGGCUUUUCUGCUUCAAACAACGAGGCAGAAUAUGAGGCACUGCUUGCAGGACUACGCCUAGCGAAAGAACUGUCGAUCAAGAGACUGGCCGUCUACUCAGACUCCCAACUGAUCACGAAUCAAGCCUCAGGCGAGUACAUGGCAAAGCACCCAAGAAUGGUUCAGUACCUCGACAAAGUCCAAGGACUUUUGAAAGAAUUCCCUACUUUCACCAUCCAACAAGUUCCACGGGCAGAGAACACUCAUGCAGAUGCGUUGGCGAGCCUAGGAUCAGCACUGGACACCCAGUCCAUGGCUACUCCCUAA